AUGCUGGACAGAGAUGUCUCCCCUGCAUCAGGCGCCCCUCGGCGCCGGGCCCAUCCUCGGGAGGCAGGCCCCUCUCAGGCCGCGCUGCUCCAGCCCUGGGAGCGCCCGGGACCUGCACCCCUGCACAGGGGGGUCAUGGGGGGCCACGGGGAUGCCGGGGCCUUGGCCACCUCCUCUGAGCGGUCUCUCCUGUGCCCUCUCUUUGCUACAUGGUGCCUGGAGAUGACUGAGAUCUUGGAAACUGAGAGCAUGCUUUGUAUUGCCUGGAUGGGAUGAGCUUCAGGCAGUUCCAUUUAUCCAGAGGCAGAGCCGACCCUCUUGCCUGCAGCUGGAACACUGGCCAGUUUCAACAAAGAGCCUAUAUUGCUUAAGGAAACAGUGUUUCCUCUUACAAGGUACAAUCUUGGCUCCUCUGCCAUGAGGGGGGCUGUUCUUGGAAAUGAACUCCAGAGACUUUCCUAUUUAACCAGGAUACAAAUUGCAUUGCUACAUAAUUCCCCCUGCUGAGGCCCUAUGAAAGGAAUGAGUUGGGACAGAUACAGCAAGAUAUUAGGACACAUUUUCCCCAUUCUUCCUGCUGUACUACACAGAAGUGAACUUGAUUUCAACAAGAUGACCCAAUUCUUAGCAUGCUUGUCUACCCACUUGCACCCAUAAUGCUUCCAAAUCACUCUCUGAUUCAAGAUGUGCAGAGAAACAAAAUGAAAAAAAUAAAAAAUAAAUAAACUAGCCAGUAAAAAGUAAGAUGACAUUUAAUUAAAACUAAGUUUGCAAGGGUAUUUUGUUCAAAAACAAAGCAAAACAAAACAAAAAACCACACAUCACUGUGAUUAAAAUGCAGGGAAGCAUAGCACAUCACUAUCUUUUUGUGGUUUUGAGUGUAUUUUAUUUGUGCACUGGAAGUAGAUAUUUGUCAUAUUGUUAAUAAUUGCUCUACUAGAUUGUACUCAACAGUGUGCAUCACUGUAACCUUGUUUACUCACAGGGUUUCAUUUUCCUCCUGUACUUUUCUUAAGCUUGUUUCUAAGGGGUGGUUCCUUCACAUACGCUUUCAAUUUUUAAAUAACACAAUCCGUUCAUUUCACAAGGCAUCUUUAUUUGCUUAAAGGGGGGAAGAAUCAGAUUGUGAUUGUAGUGUAAAUCAGCCAAGCCUUUUCUUCCCUUUACAGGAAAAGCAGUGGGUAAUAGAAAAGAGAACUGAAGGAAAUAGGAAUUCUACUAGGCUUUUGUGAAUUCAGUCAGUAGAGCAAGUACAGUAAAUCCGUGGAGUGCGGGGUGGGGGUAGGGGAAGAAAAGAAAAUGCAAACUGUCUUUUAGAGCUUUUACUUUAAGCCACUCAAGUAUCCCCCUUGUCUUCCUCCCACUGUCCUGACCCCACCAGGGCAUAGUCAGAAUCCAGGGUUCAGGGCACUUCAAGAAGCUGGAAGGAGAGCAAGAGUGAGGCUCUGGGUCAGCAUUCCCCGAUCAUCAUGAGAAGUCCAUGCAGAAAGGCUACCCAGAGACCCUCGUUCUGACCUCUCUCAUAGUGCAUCAGAAAAACUCCUAAAUUAUAUCAGUCAUCCUGAAAUUUGAUCAGUAAAGAAUUUUCUGCUUCUAAAAUACUUAAUCUUAAAGAAAUAAUAAUAAAAUACUUAAUCUUGUUGGGACCUUUUGGGGUAGGAAAAUCUGAUGAGAAAUAAACAUUCCCUAUAUUCCUAUGCAUUGGGUAUGCUCCUGGAAACAUUGGACGGAUCGUUUGCCAAAAAGUCUUGGCAGUUUUCAAAGAUGGCUGGCCAAGUCAUGAGAGAACGAGGAGAAGAGGUUUAUGUAGCACUGAGUCCAGCAUUGUGUGUAAAACACCGGUUUCAAUGUAAAGAAAUCUGUUGCACAAAACCCUUGGAAAACACAUCAUCUUCUCUUUUCUUUACUACCCCCACACAAAUACCCUGUUCCUCAAAAAAAAGUUUUUUUAGAAUAUAGAAAAAUAGAGAAUCAAUAUGAUCCUCAAGAAGCAGAUCUCUUUGUUUUAAUUUUGUUUUCCUUUUGCUUUUACAUUUAAGAGUUAAGACAACAUUUCAGCAGAGAAAUGUGGAGAAGGGUAAAGAAAAAUCAAUAAAGUUAUUCUGUGACUUUUCCCAGGAGGGAGUUGUGUUAAUCGAGAAUGGCCUGCUUGGCUAUAUAUCAAGUCCAAGAAGAGAGCAGAAGUUGAUUUUGAAACAGAUUUCCCAGUUAGACUGAAGGAGAUAUAUAUAAAUAUACAUAUAUGUACAUAUGUAUAUAAGUUUUCAAGAAUGGUGUGUGUCUGCAUAUAUACUAUUAUAUACAUUUUAAUAUAUAUGAAAAGUGUAUAUUAUA